AGCGGCAAACUGAAGUGGGGACAUUUUCGGAUUCAGAUAGGGAAAUCUGACGCGUCCUCCAUCGCCAAGUCCAGCCAGCGUCUUUAAAUAUCAGCACAGAGCACCUUCGCGUCCCACAACACCUUCCUGAUCCCGCAGACAAACCUCUCCCAAAUCCCAAUCCCCCGCCCACCCUCGAUCGACAUCAAACCCUAGCAGCAGAUCGGGCAGCCACCGGCCGGGAUGGAGGGGCUCGACGUCGACGACGUCUUCCACCACUACCGGCUGAGCCCUACGGAAGUGGAGGCCGUCACCUACUACCUGCCACGCCUCCUCUCCGGCGAGACGCUGCAUGCCGUCGACAAGCUCAUCCACCGCGUCGACAUCACCGGCUGCGAGCCCAAGGAUCUGGCCGCCCGAUACGCGCCCGUGCCGCAGGCCAUGAGCAGCGGCGACCGGUUCUUCUUCAUCACGUGCAAGAGCAAGAACGGGAGCAAGCUCCAGAGCAUGCGCAGCGCCGGCGGCGGCACCUGGAGCAUCCAGAAAACCUCGGAGAUUAGCCACGCGGGAGUCAAGGUCGGCGAGGUCAAGAACCUGUCCUUCAAGAAGAAGGGCAAGUCGACAGGCUGGGUCAUGGAGGAAUACCGGUGCCUGCUGCAGGAGGCCACCGUCUUCGACGGGGUGAAGGUGUUCAGCAAGAUGCACUUGGCUCAGCAUGCUCCUGACGCGGCCCGCCAGGAAUCGGAGGCGUACAAGCUUCAGCAACAGCAACCAGAGGCCGUGACCCCGAGCACGCACGCGCAGAAGAGGCCAGCGACCACUGCCGCCGUCGAUCCUCAACCGGCGCGCCCCAAGAAGAGGACGUGCGUUGCCGUCCCCGUCCCGGCACCUGGAGCAUCGGCCACACCGUCGUUCUUGAUGUAUGAUGAGGCAGCCAGAGCAAUGCAUGGCCCGCUGCCUCACACCAACUUCCCUGUUCAGUAUGCACAAGCAUCAUGCGAGUCCACUACAACAUCCAGCCGCUCCGACGUUGCUCAAGCUCCUGAGAUUUCCUCCCAGCCAGAUGUGAUGGAGUCCACCCAAUCAGAAGAGGCUGGCUCGAGCAUUGCAAGGAGCACAUCUGAAGAGGAUGUGUUUGAGCCAUUGGGG